ACUGUGCUAUUGACAAAAAGAUGGUCUGCACUUUUUAGUUGCACUGCUGAAAUGAGUGUAAUAAGUUAGAAUGAGACAUAAAUACCGGCCAUAAAUUUUACAUUUAGAAAAUUCCGUGAAUCCCCUGCACCAAGUGAGUGGCAUAUCGGAGCAUGCAUAUCGCAAUUAUUGAGACCCGAAGUCAAGAAAUAAAGAAAAAGAAUUCCAUGCAUUUUUUCAUUUAAUACAGUUUAAUUAUGUUAUGUGUGAUAUAAAUUGAAUUAAGUGAUAUAAUUUGUGAUAAGUGUGAUAUAAUUUGAAUUAAGUUAUCGGUAGUCUUCUCCAACACGUAUCAAGUGCAUUUAUUUAAAAAGAAUAUUUCUAUCAUGUAUUAUACUAAAAAUAAAACAUCAGGCUUCAUCAAUACACAAGAUUAUACAGUACAUGAGUCAGUACCAAGAAUUUUAAUACCAAAAGUGGAUAUUCCAACUAAUUUACUUUCUGCAAUAAAGAAAGAACAUUUGAUGCACAAAGUUUCAGAAAAUUGUAUGAACUAUGUAAAAUGCAUUGAAAGUUUAUCUAAUGUAAAAACUAUAGGACAAAAAGAUUAUUGGAUUAUAUUCAAGAUUUGUUUAUACUUAGAGCAGUACCAAUCAGAUAUAGAAAUGAAAAAUUACAGAUUGCAAAAUUAUAAUACUACAAAAGUUACUCCAGAUCAAUGUCUUGUUAUAAAAAUAUCAUCUCUGAAUAGUGAGAAACCUUCGAUCACAUCAGAUGACAUUGUAAUAUUUUACGAAGUAGAUACAAAAGAAAAAUAUGAAGGAACAGUUAUACGGGUGGUAGGAAAUGAUGUGAGUGUACGUGUGGAGAAUUCUGUGAUAAGAAAAAUGCAAAAAGACAAUAAAAAGUUUAAUAUAAGCUUCCAUGGUAGCUAUUGGACAUUAAGAUGUUGCCAUUACGCAUUGUCAAUAGCAAGAAAAUAUAACAUUGGUGAGAUAAUAUAUCCACAACAAACAGCAAACAAUUCGUAUUUGAAAUAUAAUAGCAAUAUAGACUGGAUAGAUACUAAUGUAUCAAAAAAUGAGGAGCAGAUGCAAGCAGUAAUUAACAUUUUACAUAAGACAGCGUGUCCUGCGCCUUACAUCAUUUUUGGCCCACCAGGUACUGGCAAAACGGCAACAUUGGUUGAAGCUAUAUGUCAGAUUGUGAAGCAAGAUCCUACAAAGCACAUAUUGGUGUGCACGUCAUCCAAUGCAGCGGCUGAUGAAAUUACGAGCAGACUGCUCAGACAUCUUCCAGCACAAAUCAUGUAUCGAAUGUAUGCAUCAUCCAAACGAUGGGAAGAUGUAAAACAGGAAAUUCGAAAGUGUGCCAAUUUUACAAAUAGUGUACCUCACACUAUUGUGUCCUUGCCAAAAACGAUACUAAUGUUGAAGAAAAUUAUUAUUUCAACAUUAAUAACAAGUAUCAGAUUAGCUGUUAUCAAUUUUGAAAAAAAUCAUUUUUCUCACAUCUUUAUUGACGAAGCGGGUCAAGCAAAGGAACCAGAGAUACUGAUUCCACUCACUUUAGCAAAGAACAAUGAAGACUCGUCAAUCUAUUUCCAAGCGCAAGUCGUUUUGGCAGGCGAUCAUCACCAAUUGGGACCUGUGAUCCAUAGUAAAAUUGUGCAAAAUAUCCUUGGCAUAUCCAUGCUGGAAAGAUUGAUGAACGAUUGCGAGCUGUACAUGAAAAAGGACGGAAAAUACAAUCCUAACUACGUGACUAAAUUAAUAAAAAAUUACCGAAGCCAUGAAUGUAUUUUACACGUGCCAAACAAUCAAUUUUAUAAUAAUGAAUUAGUAUGUUGGGGACAGACCGAUACAAGGAUAGCACUUGGUUGGAAGAAGUUGCCCAAUAAAAAAUUUCCCAUGAUUUUUCAAGAAGUCCUAGGUAUAGAAGAAAGAAGUUCAAAAAAUAGUGUCUUUAAUGCGGCCGAAGUACAUGCGGUAUUGGGGUAUGUACAUAUGUUAAUGAACGCUAAAUUCGAAAAUUAUACAAUAAGCGAAAAGGACAUCGGAAUUGUAACGCCCUUCAAAAAGCAGCAACUGGAUAUUAUGCAUCGUUUAGCAGCAAGGGGCUGGAAGAAUGUAACUGUGGGAACGGUUGAAACGUUUCAGGGACAAGAGCGAACUGUGAUGAUACUAACAACCGUACGAUCCAAAAUUUUCACACACAAUGGCGAGGAGCACAUCGGAUUCUUAUCAAAUCCAAAGAGGUUCAAUGUCGCCGUGACACGCGCUAAGGCUCUUCUGAUAAUAGUGGGAAACCCGGAAGUUAUCUGUAAAGGUGAACACUGGAUGGCACUAUGGAAAUAUUGCGAGAAACAUAAUGCAUGUGUGCAGUUCGAUCGAUGCCCGUUAAGAUCGCAAAUAAUAGCAAAAUUUAAGAAACUAUAUAAAAAUCAAGUAAAAGACAUUAGCACCGCGACUGUAAUAACGAAGCCGAUGUAAUAACGAAGUUUCCAUCUCUGACUGACGUUGUGACUGUGAUAUGAUGGAAACCGAAAUAAUAAAAUAAUACCGAACAUAAUAUGAUAUGUAUAUCGUUAAAUAAUGUAUUAAUGUGCCACAUGAAGAAACCAACAGAGUAAUUAACAGAGUAAUAACGGAUUUGGAAUGAUAUUCGUAAUCCGUUUAUAUAAAUGUUUACAUAAUAUUAUCAAAUAAUUAA